AUGUCGAUGGAUAAAGAUCAAGAUACAAUGAUAGAGAUACCAAAACGACGUCGACGCAAAUUUUGUUGUGAUUUAACAUUGAAAGAAUGUAUUGAAUGUGGUUCUAGUCUUCUUCUUCCUCUGAUGUUGGGAGUUUUUACUAUUGUUAUUACUCUACAUCAAACCAAUGUAGCUGGACAACAACGAAUUGAAGAUCGACAAAUAGCAAAAGAUGAACGACAACAAGAUUUAAAUAUUUCAGCACAGCAAAGACUUGACGAUCGAAAACAAGCUGAAGAACAACGACAACUUGAUAAAAAAAUUUCUCAAGAUCAAUUCAAAUUAAAUGAAGAACAACGUCAACAUGAAGUAAAUAUUGCAUAUAUGCAAUAUCGAGAUAAUUUAUUAAUAGAUUAUAUUAAAGAUAUUGGUGUUUUACUUAAAGAAAAUAAUGGAAGUUUAACAAAUGAUUAUGUUACAAGAACUAUUGUUCGUGCAAAGACUUUGGCUAUUAUUCGACAAUUGGAUCCUAUUCGAAAUGUCGAAUUAAUUCGAUUUCUAUACGAAGCUGGACAAUUAACAAGAAAUCGUAAUCCUUUAGACUUAUCAACAGCUCAAUUACAAAAUAUCGAUUUUCGUAAUGCCUUAUAUUGGAAUAUGCCUGGUCUUUCGUUAGUCGGAACGCAUUUAUUCAAUGCAUCAUUUGACCAUAAUACUUUAGUCGAUAUUGAUUUUCGUCGUAGUAACUUAACAGGAGUUAACUUUACUAUGGCUUCACUCAGAUCGUGCACUUUUGAUAAUGCACUUCUCGAAAAAACGAUCUUCACAAACAGUAUCAUGUGUAAGGUCAGUUUUAAGGAUGCAAAACUCAUUGAUACCAAUUUUAUAAAUGCUACCGUUAAAGAAGCUGAUUUUUCGGGAACAGAAUUACCUUAUACCAAUUUUUCAAAUGCUCAUCUUAGGAGAGUUUUUACUGGUACUUCUUUUAAUGGUACUCGUUUUUUAAAUACAACAAUGCGCAAUUCAAAUUGUACCGAUAUUGAUUUAACUUCUGGUCAAUUCAUUGAUUCAUCUUUUGAUAAUACUAUUUUUUCAAAUGCUACUGCUGAUUAUGCAACUUUCACUCGAUGCAAAAUGUCUUCUGUUGAUUUAACAGGAGCUCGAUUGAAAAAUACAUGGUUUUCAUAUACUAAUUUACAAAAUGCUAAUUUUAUUGAUGUCAAUGUUAAUGGAAUUAAUUUUUCUCACACUGAUCUUUUCAAUGCCAAAAUCAUUGAUAUACAAUUAUUGAAUGCUAUAUCAAUACGUGGAUCUCGACUUCCUAACGGAACUUAUAUUGAUCAAGAUUAUAAUCUUAUAACAAAUGGUUAUGCCGAUUGUCAUAUUCCUCUUGAAUCUUCAUGGAAUAUCGAUGAGAAUAAUAGUGUUGCUAUCAUUCGUUCAAAACAAGAUGAGAAUAACUGUGUAUUUACACCUAACAAAGCAAUUGGACCUGUUCGCUUCUAUCAAAAGAUUUCUGAUAAGUAUAAACAAGUAAGAUGGGAACUCAAUCCUGUACUGGUGUUAAAUGCUCGAUUAGGUGGUCAAAUGACAACUAUCACUAUUGGAUAUCCAGGACAUACAUAUACUAUGAAUUCGAAUCAUAUAGAACCGAUUCGUUUUCCACUAAAUAAAUCAAUGAUAAAGGAAACAAUUACUGUUGUGGUUACCUUCAAUCCUUUGAAAGAUGAUCUGACGUCGAACUGGUGUGAUGAUAUUCAAAUAACAAUCGAACUGGCCGAUCAACCUGAAUGA